AUGCCGUCGGAGAAACACGUCGCAGUUUGCGCUUUCCCUUUCGGCAGCCACCCCUGGGUUCUCGCCAACCUGGUUGGCAAGCUCGCCGCAGCCGCCUUGGACGUCCGCUUCUCUUUCCUAAGCACGGCCAAGUCCAACCACGUCGUCUUUCCGCCUCAGUCGAGAGCCACCUUAAUACCGUCGAACCUCAGAGUCUACGACAUUGGUGAUGGCUCGCCAGCUGGCUAUCCCGAGGCAGCCGGGGACCCACGAGAUCAAGCCGAUCUGUUCCUGCAAGCAGCGUCGGCGAAUUUCCAAGCUGGUGUCGACACUGCAGAGCAAGACGCGGGAAGGAAAGUGAGUCUCUUGCUGGCCGACGGUUUGUUACCAGUGGUCGCAUGCGAAAAAGCCGAGAAAAUGCACGUCCCGUGGGUCGCGUUCUGGAUUUCGGCUCCGCACUCUCUAUCCAUGCACGUCUACGCCGACCUCAUCCACCAGCUUAGCCGAGACGCCACCGACGAAGAAAAGACCCUGGACAUGAUCCCGGGACUGUCCCUCAUGCGCAUGGGCGAUUUGCCAGAGGAACUAGUGAUGGACCCGAACAUGUCCGUGAGUUGCCGCAUGUUGCGCGAUUUGGGGAAUGUGAUCCCGCGCGCGGCCGCCGUCCUCAUGAACUCCUUCGUGGAGAUGGAUCCCGAACCCCUCACCGCCGACCUUAAGUCCAAGUUCAAUAUUUUGCUCCACUUGGGCAUGUUGACGUUGGUGCCGUCCUCACCGCCGAGCCUCCCUGCCUCAGACGAGACCGGCUGCUUGACCUGGCUAGAAUCACGAGACCCGCAAACCGUGGUGUACAUAUCUUUCGGGUCCGGGCCCUUGUCUAGCCCGCCACUGGACGAGAUAAGGUCCCUCGCCGAAGCUCUAGAGUCCACCCGGACGCCAUUCCUGUGGUCUCUAACUGACCGGCAGAAGGCCCAGUGCCUGCCCGGAGGGUUCGAGGAGCGGACGAGUGCCUAUGGGAGGAUCGUGCCGUGGGCCCCGCAGAGGGGGGUGCUCGGCCACCCGGCCUGCGUGGCCUUCGUGACGCACUGCGGCUACAACUCGGUGUAUGAGAGUAUGGCGGCGGGCGUGCCGAUGAUAGGCCGGCCCGUGGCAGUGGACCAGAGGAUAUGCGGGAAGAUGGUGGAGGAAGUGUGGGGGAUCGGAGUGCGCGUGGAGAGAGGGGUCCUGACGGAGAGCGGGAUGGUCAAGGCGUUGGAUGCGGUGAUGAGGAGCGAGGAAGGGAAGGUGAUGAGGAAGAAGGCUGGCGAGCUCCGGCGAAGACUGGCGGAGCUUGCUGGACCUGGAGGGACAGCUGAAGCUGAUUUCAAGACCGUCGUAGAGUUCAUCUCUACCUCGUGA